GGGUCGGGGAUUUGAAAACCUUAAAAUCUGUGUGCUGUUGGUCACUUCGUCUCUCGCAGCAAAAGCUUUCUCCACUCUCUCACAAUCUCAUUAUCCAUCUUUGGAAUACAUAAUUGAUAAAUCUGAAAGAAUCAUUGGUCAUGGGAGAUGAGAAUGAGAGUAUGCUCCGGAAGCUGGAGAAGAAAUCCAAGAAAAGCAAUAAGAAGGCUGCCACCACUGUUCCUGGAGUGACUGCAAACAAUGUUAAAGCUGAAGAAUGUGAUUUUAGCUUCAAUGAAGAGAAGCUAGCUGUUCUGGAAACCAAGAAAGAAAGGGAUAAGGAAGUGAUGGAAACUAAGGCAGCAGGAGAGAGUGAAGAGUGUGACAUUAAGAGAAAGAAAAAAAGAGAAAGCGGAAAAAGUCCUGGAAAGUCCAAAAAAGGCAGUGAUGAAGAUGCUGUGAAAUGUGUUGAAAAAAAGAAAAAGAAUAAGCUGAAGAAAAGCUGCUUGGAUGAGCCUUCAGACACCAAAACUAGCGCUUCUGCAAGUGCAAGUGAAACGCGGAACAGUGAUAAGGUGGUUGAGACCCUUGGCGAGGUCUCUGGUGGAAAUGCUGUGGACGAGAUUAAGAGGAAGAAAUUCAAGAAAAACAUUAAGACUGCUGCUACCAAUGGUCUUGGAGUGACAAACACUGAUGAUAGAGCUAAGAGUGAUGAUUGUGACAUCAAGAGAAAGAUAGAAAGAAAACAUGGAAAACAUUCUGGGAAGUCCAGUGGAGACAGCAAUGAGGUUGCUUUGGAAAUUGUUGUAGGGAAGAAAAGUAGGAAGUUGAAGAAAAGCUGUGGGGAUGAGCAGGAGGCAAAUAUUGAGGAUGGAUAUGAAUAUGUUGUGGCUGAAGUCAAUCAAGGUGAUAUUCCUUCAACUGUGGAAGAGAUAGAAGAACGAAGCAGAAGAGACAAUGGUAAUAUCAGAAAGAGAAAAAAGGUAAAAGUAGGACACAAUUCUGAAGAUUCUACACAUGAGAAGAGUGAAAAGAGAGUGAGAUUCUCUGGUCAGGAUCAGAUUUUCCCUUCAUCCAGUGACCCUUGUGAUGAUGAGAACCAUGAAAUCGAGGAAGACAAUUUACUGCGGGGGAAACGAUUCUCAAAAUUAGAAGAUGAAAUUGUCAAAGAGGCUGUUCAUAAAUACAUAGAGAUACAUAACUUGGGCGAAGAAGAAGGGCUGAAAAAGAUUUUGAAUUCUAGAUCUUAUCCUGAAUUAAAGGGCUGCUGGAAAGAAAUAGGGAGUUGUAUACCCUACAGGCCUUAUACUGCGGUUUAUUAUCGUGCACAGGUCUUAUUUCGAAGGAGUGAGACACGUAAAUGGACUGAAGAAGAGUAUGAGAUAGUACGAAAAUUCCAGAAAGAGCACGGGAACAAUUGGAAGGUCUUAGCUGAUGAACUUGGAAAACAUCGGUUUCAUGUGAAGGAUACAUGGCGAAGGCUGAAACUGCCCAAUCAGAAGAAAGGACAAUGGACUCAGGAGGAGUACCAGACAUUGUUUGAUUUAGUAAACACUGAUCUGAGAUUGAAGCUUUCUGAAGAGAAGAAAUCUAAGUAUGGUAUGUUACGGGAUAAUAUUGCAUGGAGUGCAAUAAGUGACAAAUUGUCCACGAGAACUGAUGCAAAUUGCUGCUUGAAAUGGUAUGAUCAAUUGACAUCACCUAUGGUGGCCAAAGGUGAAUGGGCAGAUGUUGAUGACUAUCGCCUAGUUGAUGCACUUUUUGAGCUGGAUGCAGGCUGCAUAGAAGAUGUUGACUGGGACAAUCUUCUUGACCACAGGCCUGGAGAGAUAUGUCGGAAGAGAUGGAACCAAAUGGUACUUCACAUAGGUCAACUUGGAAACAGUUCAUUUGCUGAACAAGUAGAAGUUCUACUAAAGAGAUACCGUCCAGAUCUGGCGGAAGUAAGAGAGGCUUGGGAUAGUAAACCAGUCGUUCCAUGAUAUGCCCGUCACUCAACAGGGUUGUGUCUGUAGAGAGUUAUUUUACAUCACCACAUACUAUUGGCAUCAGCUCCUCUACCCCCACCCCUCUCCAUUUUAGUAAUUAUUACUAGAUUUUGAUCUUUCUCCUCAUGUAAUUCACCUAGAAUUAGUGGUUUUAAAGACAGAAAGCUAAGGCGAAAACAAAAGUCUUAAGGCUGGAGGUGAUCUCA